AUGAAAGAAUGUGUGGUUGCUGAUCACAAGAAGAUAUUUUGGGACGUCUGCGUGAAAGCUCCUGGUGAAGAAGCCGACACUUCUCAUUUCAGAGACGGUCUUCUCUACAAGCGUCUUACUUCAGGCGACAAUGUUUUGGAGAAAGUCACCAACGUUAGAGGUCACCAUGUGAGACCGUACAACGUUGGAAACUGGUGUUACCCUUUUCUCUCUUUCUUGAUGACGCCGUUGUCUCCCAACGGCUCUGGCUCGCCGCCGGAUAAUCUUUUCGAUGGGAUGCUGAUGAAAGGGAGGUCGGUUGUGGGGGAAGCUAUUGGAUUGCUUAAGGCAAGGUGGAAGAUUCUUCAGAGUUUGAAUGUUGGAGUGAACCAUGCUCCUCAGACUAUUGUGGCUUGUUGUGUGUUGCAUAAUCUUUGUCAGAUUGCUAGAAAGCCUGAGCCGGUGAUUUGGAAAGAUCCGGAUGAAGUUGGAUCGCCUGCGAGAGUUUUGGAGAGUGAGAGGCAGUUUUAUUAG